UGCUCAUUGCUGGGUAGAUAUGGAUAAAAGAAACAGACAAGGUCCUGCCCUCGUGGAGCUUACCUCUGGUCAGGAGGUGAGGGAUGCUGGAGAGAGGAUGGAGCUGGACCAUGUGCAGAAGCAGCCCCAGGAGCCCACGGUGGCCACAGGGGCCCAGAACCCUGGGAGCCUCUGCCAGGGCUUCAUGAAGUGCUUGCUGGAGGUGGAGGAGGAGGAGGCCACGCAUCGCAAGGCCACCAAGGCCCAGGCCCUGCCAAACUGGAAGUCCCCCAGGGCCCCGACCCCUGUGCCCAACUCAGCCCUGGGCCUGCCUCUGACCCUUCCUCAGACCCCUCCCAUGGCCCCAUCCUGGGCCCGGCCUCCAGCCCCUGGACCAGUCCCUGCCUCUGUGGGAGCCCCGGUCUUGGCCUCAGUGCCCGCCACGGCCCUGCCAGCUUCUGCCCCGGACCUGGGCUGGAGAAGGACAGAAUUCUUGCCCCAGAGCUGCCAGAGGAGCCUGAGCUAUGCCAGAGCACGGCAGGAGCCAGAAGACCGCUGCCUCCUGAAGCUGCACCAGAACUGGGAGGAGAGGGCCGAGGACCACCUCACCCUGAAGCAGGAGGAGGCCUUCCGAAGCUACUUUGAGAUCUUCAACGGCCAUGGCGAGGUGGACGCACAGAGCCUGGAGAACAUCUUGCUGCUCGUGGGUAUCUCCCUGAUGCCGGCGCAGGUGGAGGAUGCCCUGAUGAGCGCGGAUAUCGACGGAGAUGGGCACGUGGGCUUCAAAGAUUUCCUGGCUGUGAUGACAGACACCAAGCGUUUCUUCUGCUCUGUGGAGCAGAACGCCCUGACGGACAUGGCUCCCCCGAACCCCCACACUCUGUUCUUUGAGAUCCUGUCCCUGCUGGUGGAGAUGAUGGCCUUACCCGAGGCAGCCUUAGAGGAGAUCACCAACUAUUACCAGAAGAAGCUGAAGGAAGGCACCUGUAAGGCCCGAGAGAUGGAAUCGGCCAUUGGCCGGCUGCGGGCCCGGAAGAAGCUUCCCUACAACCCCCAGCAGGCAGACACCGUGGAAGUUCCAGAAGGAAGGGUCCUUAGGAUCCUGAGCCGGCUGAAGCAGCAAGACUAUGCUGCCAACUUGCAGAGCCCCUAUGCCCAGGUGCCCUGCAUCCCGCUCUGCCCACGGCUGGACAAGAAGACGGUCCGCCGGAAGCAGGGCAGCCACUACGUGCUGGACCAGUGCACCCCUCCCAGCCUGGCCCCUGACAUCCGCAGCCUCUUCUUCCAGUCAGGAUCUCAAGGAAACAGGGAACACGGCUCUGAUAGCCGAAAGUGGCUCAGCUCCGUGCCAGCACGAACGCAUUGA